ACGUGAACGGGGAGGUUAAUUAGCAAAAUGAAACGUGCAGCUGCGCUGCUCAGCCUCACCUGGCGCCAGUGUGCGCUCCACCUCUCUUCUACUCGGCGAGCUGUGGUCAGCUGUGAAGUGGCAAGAGGGAGGGCUGCAGAAAAGUGUGGGCUGGGUUAAACUGGCACUUAAAAAGAAGCUCGCCUUGGCUCCUGUGCGUUUUUUUUUUCCCACUAGCAGACAGGCUGGAGAAGCAAAUGAAACAGCAGCUUCAGGGAGACACGGUGUAUUUGAACUUCAUUGUCCCACGGAUAUUUUUAGCCUUUGCACCUUUGAUCCCUUGUACUUGAGUUAUCCCAUCAACUCUUUUUUUUUGUAAAGGGCGCUAGCAAUGGGUGCUGGCAUGAACAGGUUACUAUCCGUACUGCUGCUUCUGCCAGUCCUUGGGUUCUCUGAAGCUCUGCGAGACAGCUGGCUGCCAGGGGAAUACACAAACACCACCGCUGAUGCAAAGAGGUUUCUGGAGGACUACAACGGCACUGCCGAAGAGGUGCUUUUUCUCAGUGUCUCUGCCAGUUGGAACUACAACACCAACUUGACUGAGCAUAACUCUAAGCUUCAGGUAAAUGCAACUCUUGAAGAACAAGCCUUCUCUGAAGCAUGGGGCAUGAAGGCCAAGCAGACCUUCUCUAAAGAGGUUCUCGACUCUCUCGCUGAUCCCAAAGACAAGAAGCUGAUGGAAAAGAUCAUGUCACUGGGUGCUGCCAACCUUCCACAGGUUGAGAGAGAAGAGUAUAACACCAUUCUGAGCACCAUGGACAGUAUUUAUUCAACGGCUAAGGUGUACCCACAGCCAAAUGUAAGCUGGAGCCUCGAGCCUGAGCUCACAGAUAUCAUGGCCAACUCCAGGAGCUAUAAGAAGCUGCUGUUUGCCUGGGAGGGCUGGCACAAUGCCUCAGGUGUGCCUCUCCGAAAGCACUAUCCUAGGUUUGUGGAGCUUAGUAACAAAGCCUCUCAAGCUGAUGGAUUUGCAGACACUGGAGCUGACUGGCGAUCUUGGUAUGAGACUGAAACCUUUGAGGAAGAUAUAGACAAACUCUUCAGAACCAUUGAACCACUCUACCUGAACCUGCAUGCCUUUGUGCGUCGCCAGCUUUACAACCGCUACGGACCCAAGUACAUCAACCUGAAAGGACCAAUCCCGGCCCACCUGUUAGGAAAUAUGUGGGCCCAGACCUGGAACAACAUUUAUGAUAUGAUGAUCCCAUAUCCUGACAAACCCAACUUGGAUGUGACAGACAAAAUGGUCCAACAAGGCUACAAUGCUACGCAUAUGUUUAGUGUGGCUGAGGAGUUCUUCACUUCUCUAGGGUUAAAGGAGAUGCCCACGGAAUUCUGGGAAGAAUCCAUGCUUGUUAAGCCUGAUGAUCGAGAGGUUGUCUGCCAUGCAUCUGCCUGGGACUUUUACAACCGCAAAGACUUCAGGAUAAAGCAGUGCACCACAGUGACGAUGGAACAGCUUUUCACUGUUCACCAUGAGAUGGGCCACAUCCAGUAUUACCUGCAGUACAAGGACCAGCCUGUGGGCUUCCGACGCGGAGCCAACCCCGGUUUUCAUGAAGCUGUUGGCGAUGUCAUGUCUCUUUCUGUUUCAACACCAAAGCAUCUGCACACCAUUAAUCUGCUGGAGUCUCUGACCUCUGAUGCUGAAACUGACCUCAACUUCCUGCUGAAAAUGGCUCUGGAGAAGAUAGCCUUUCUUCCCUUCGGCUACCUCAUUGACCUCUGGAGAUGGAGUGUGUUCAGUGGUCGCACUCCUCCAGAGCGGUACAAUGCUGAAUGGUGGGCCCUAAGAACAAAAUAUCAAGGAAUUUGCCCACCCACCAAGCGUACAGAGGAGCACUUCGAUCCUGGGGCAAAAUAUCACAUCCCUGGAAACACACCAUACAUUAGGUAUUUUGUCAGCUUCAUCUUGCAGUUCCAGUUUCAUGAGAAACUGUGCCAGGCAGCCAACCAUGUUGGCCCUCUGCACACAUGUGACAUCUACCGCUCUGCAGCAGCGGGAGCUAUUCUAGAGAAAGUCCUUCAGGCUGGCUCUUCCAAACCUUGGCCUGAGGUCCUCCAUGAGGCUAUAGGCACAAAUAAGAUGGAUGCCAGUUCACUAAUGAAAUACUUUGAACCUGUAAUUAAGUGGCUGGAAAAGGAAAAUAUGAAUGAGACUUUAGGAUGGCCUGACUUUAACUGGGUCCCACCCAUCCCUGAGGGAUACCCUGAGGAUAUUGACAAGAAUACAGAUGAGCUUGUUGCCAAGAAAUUUCUGGAAGAAUACAACAGCACAGCUGAAGUGGUGUGGAAUGCAUACACCGAGGCAUCCUGGAAUUACAACACAGACAUCAAUGAAGCUAAUAAGCAGGCCAUGCUUGAGAAGAACCUGGAGAUGUCCGCGCAUACCCUGAAGUAUGGACUUCAGGCCCGUCAAUAUGACACCACUGACUUCCAGGACAGCUCAGUAAAACGUAUUAUCAAAAAACUAAGUGACAUUGAGAGGGCUGCACUCCCCUCAGCAGAACUGGAAGAGUAUAACACUCUUUUGUCCAACAUGGAGACAAAAUACAGUGUGGCCGAAGUUUGCAGAGAUAAUAAACAAUGUCAUCCGCUGGAUCCAGAUCUCCAGAAGAUCAUGGCAGAGUCCAGGGAUUAUGAUGAACUCUUGUUUGCUUGGAAAGGGUGGAGAGAUGCUGCCGGCAAAGUACUUCGUCAGGAUUAUAAAAGAUAUGUUGAACUAGCCAACAAAGCUGCUGUGCUCAAUGGCCAUGCUGAUAACGGGGCUUUCUGGAGGUCCCUGUAUGAAACUCCAACCUUUGAAGAAGAUCUGGAGACACUGUGGAAGGAGUUGGAGCCGCUUUAUUUGAACGUACAUGCAUAUGUUCGAAGGGGUCUGUAUAAAAAAUAUGGCCCUAAGUACAUCAACCUAAAAGGACCCAUUCCUGCUCAUUUGCUGGGUAACAUGUGGGCACAGACGUGGUCUGGCAUUAUGGAUUUGGUCAUACCCUACCCACAUGCCACGCAAGUUGAUGCCACACCAGCUAUGGUGGCUAAGGGGUGGAACUCCACCAUGAUGUUUCAGGAAUCUGACAGAUUCUUUACCUCUCUGGGUCUUCUGCCAAUGCCACAAGAAUUCUGGGAUAAAGCCAUGCUAGAGAAGCCGUCUGACGGACGGCAGGUUGUGUGCCACGCGUCUGCAUGGGACUUCUACAACCGAAAAGACUUCAGGAUAAAACAGUGCACUGUUGUGACAAUGGAUGACCUGGUCACAGUGCAUCACGAGAUGGGCCAUGUACAGUACUUCCUGCAGUACAAAGACCAGCCUGUGUCCUUCAGAGAUGGAGCUAACCCUGGGUUCCAUGAGGCCAUUGGUGAUGUCCUCGCCCUGUCAGUGUCCACACCCAAACAUCUGCAGAGCAUUGGCCUCCUGGACAAAGUUGAAAGCAACCAUGAGAGUGAUAUCAACUUUCUGAUGAGCAUGGCACUCGAUAAAAUUGCUUUCCUACCUUUUGGCUACCUGAUGGACCAAUGGCGGUGGAAGGUUUUUGAUGGACGCAUCCCACCGACUGAGUAUAAUAAAGAAUGGUGGAACCUCAGAAUGAAGUACCAGGGACUGUGUCCACCUGUAAUCCGCACUGAGGAUGACUUUGAUCCAGGUGCAAAGUUCCACAUCCCUGCAAACGUGCCAUAUGUCAGGUACUUUGUGAGCUUUAUCAUCCAGUUUCAGUUCCAUAAAGCUCUGUGUACUGCUGCAAAUCAUGUUGGGCCUCUACACACUUGUGAUAUCUACAAAUCUCAGGAAGCUGGGAAGCUGCUGGGUGAUGUGAUGAAGCUUGGUUUCAGCAAGCCUUGGCCUGAAGCCAUGGCCAUAAUCACAGGCCAGUCCAAAAUGAGUGCCCAGGCACUCAUGGAGUAUUUUGAGCCUCUCAUCCAAUGGCUGGAAGCAGAGAACAACAAGAACAACGAAAUUCGUGGAUGGCCUGAAUACGACUGGAAACCAAGACUGCUUCCCAGACAGAAAGGGCACAGUGGCACACAGUGGCAUCUUGUUUUUGCUACUCUGCUGCAGCUCACCGUGAAAUCAAUUCUCCCCUCUUCUCAUUUUAAUGAUGAGAUCCUGCUGAAAGAUCCUGCAGGUGAAAAUGAAGUGGACUUCCUGGGAAUGAGAGUGGACAGUGCAGCUGCCAUAGCUGGCCAGUGGAUCUUGCUGGUUCUUGGCCUGGUCUUUUUGGUGGCCACCAGCUUUUUUGCCUACAAAUACAGAAAGUCAAAAAAGCCUGAAAAGUCCUUAUCAACAAUGGAGCUCAAGCAAAAAGACUAGAAGUCAGUGAUGGCUGAAGUAAGGCCUGACUUACUGUAGGUAGCACAUCACCAACCUCAAUGUGAACAUUUUUUUUGUGUACUCUUAUGACAUCAAAACAAAUUUGCUCUUAGACUAUUCCCCCACUUGUUCAACCAGAUUUCCUUUUAUUUUUCCACAACUUAUUUUCUUUUGUUUUAUACCGUUGAAAGGUGAAUCAGUAUGACAGAAAUUCAAGACAAUCCACAGAAAAAAAUGUUAAUUUUAAGGUAAAUUAAGGUGGAUUUAAUUGGAUAUUCACACAUUUUUAUAGUGAGAAUAUUUCAGAGCACCUGUAAGACAGUCAGUCAGUAUUUUAUCCAUUAAUUGUUUUGAAUGUAAAAAACCUAUUAGGAGUAUAUAAUCAUGUAUAUUAACUCAAAAUCAGACACCUGUAGUUCUCUCCAACUAGUUUUCCAUUCAUAUUCUCUAAAACAUCUAAAACAUUGAAAAGUAUUGACUGUUAAAACACAUUUAUGAUAAAUUCAGCUUUUUUUAAGUCGUGAAAAUAAUGGUCUUUAAUUUUUCUCCUAGAAAUGUACUUCAACGUGCGCAUCGUUUUCAUGCCAUCUGUGCUAUGAAUCACGUAUGAGUUUUUUAGGGCAUGUAAAAAUGUUUAUUUUUCCUCUCUGGAGCUAUAUUUACUCAUGUUUCUGUCAAGACACCACCUUCAGUCUUAAAACUCCACAAAUACAAACAAAAGUUUGUUAUACUGUUUUUUUUUUUCAUAUAUAUUUACUAAUUUGAAGUACUCGCAUCUGACAAAAUCCUGAUGAAUUGCAUCAUUCUGGUCAGACUUGUUGACCCAAGUGCACAUCUGUUUUCAUACAUAAAAUAAUUGUGGUUAAAGGUUGUAGCUUUAUAUGUGAUUUCCUUUUUUGAGGCUAACCAAAAUGUAGAUUUAUAUCCAACCAAGAACAAAAGGAAUUAAAAAGGUCUGAGGCUGGAGUCCAUAGAUGAGUUGACAUGGACCGACCCUCUUUGUUUUCAGUUCAGUUGUCCUGUCUUGUACAUUUAUUGUAUACAGUUACUCAAAUUAUCUUUGCCUAUGCAGAAUCACGUCAGUUUUGUAAUUUAUUUGUAAUAUUUGAAUGUUGGAAAAAAAUGUCUUAAAAUGAAUGUUUGUGAAGUUGUUCAUUGUGUAAACAUUUAUAGUAAGAUUUUUGUUCUGUUGUUGAAUCCUCUGCAUUUCUAUAAUAAAGAUAUUAAAUGGA